UCUGCGUGUUUAUUGAGGUUAUGUAAUAAAUCAACAAGUACAAAUUUUGUUAAAAAUGACUUCACAAAGCGCUGUAAACUUGGAUUCCAGUAGAUACAAUUCCUUGUUGGAUAGCUGCGUUAAAUCUCUAUCGUUAUGUAAGAAAUUAAUCGAUCAGAAUUUAGAAGAUGAUCAGGAUGGAGAAAUGGCAAAGCUUAAAAAUAUAGCGAAGGAUUACUGUGAAAUUGAGUUUAACACGAGAAAAACCUUUGACGCUUUGAAUAAGUUGGAGGAUACCCUCAAGGAUAAGGAGAAUGACGAGGAUGCACAGGAAAUAUUUAAAAGAAUAAUGCAGGAAGACGACUCUGAAGAAAACUACAUGGAAAACGAUAUCUGGCUGAACUUAUUCGAAAACGAGAAAUCCGUACGCGAAAUCGUUACAAAAGAGAAAAAAUACAAAGCCUCACAAUAUGUGGAAGUCAAUGAUUCCCUACAAUUUGCAGACGUCUUCAAACCACCUGUUGAUCCAAUUUCAAAGGGAAAAAUACAAAACCCAUACAAAAACAAAAAAUGCGGACACGUAUACGAAAAAGACUCCAUAUUUGGGUACAUAAAAUCCAUGCAACAGAGAGCCAAAUGCCCAUACAUUGGUUGCAACAAGGAUUUAUUAACUCGACAGGGGUUGGUCGAAGAUACUGAAUUAAAGGAAAAAAUUGAUGAAUACAUAAGAAGUAUGGAUUCCAGCACCUCUGAUGAAGAUUAAAUUUUAUAAAUAAACGAUUUUUAUACAAAAUAUGUGUUUCUUGAUUUGCCUUCUUGAAAUUGGCGCCAUACAUACAUGCGCCAACUAUGGGUUUCCCACUGAACUAAUACUGUUUAUUAAAACUAACCUCAAUUUUAGUGUUUUGGUCAUUUUAUGAGCGUUUUAUUUGUUACUUUUGGUUGUUUUCAGGAUUAUAUAAGGGUUAUUUGUUGCAAAAAACAACCAACUUUAGUUAUUUAAGUGUAAUUACUGUAAAACAACGUCAAAAUGGAUGUUACCAAGUCUAAUUUUAACGAGGUGCUCCCUAAAAUAAAAGAGUCCAUAAAAAAUAGUUCUUUUAUGAGCAUCGAUUGUGAACUGACUGGGCUCAAUGUAGCUCGUAAUAUAAAUGCUUUCGAUACACCUGCUGAGUAUUACAAUAAGGUUAGAGUUAACAGUAGGGAUUUUCUAGUUAUACAGUAUGGAUUGAGCAUAUUUAGGUAUGAUUCCGAGUGUGAUACUUUUAAGCACCAAAGCUACAAUUUCUACAUCUUCCGUAAACCAUAUGAUAAAAAUAUACCGGAUCAAAGAUUUUUGUGUCAAACAUCAAGCAUUGAUUUUCUCAUUACUCAAGGGUUUGAUUUUAAUAAAUUGUUUAAAGAAGGCAUUUCCUAUUUAAACUCUGUAGAGGAGGAAAAAUGGAAAAUCAAUCUUGAGGAAAAAAGGAAAAAUUCUGCUGUUUUGAGACUCAAUCCUAAUAGGGAUAGUAUUCCUAUUCCUGAUAAUUUAGAGAAUUUUAUUAAUGAUGUCGUGAAAAUUUUGGACAAUUUUCUCGAAUCGAACGAUACGGAAGUUCAGCUACCUCGAUGCAAUGCUUUCGCAAGGCGCCUCGUCUACCAGACGGCCGCCGAAAAGUUCGGCGACCGUCUGAACGUGGAAACUCGCCAGAUGGACAAAGACAGAGUUUUAUUCGCCUACAAAAUGCGAACCAAAGAAGAGGAGGAAGAAAUCGAACGGAAAAAAUACGAAGAAGCUUUGGAAGCUUUCGACAGUUACGUGGGUUUCAGUAAGGUUCUGAAAAUGGUUAGGGAAUCCGGUAAACUGAUAAUCGGACACAACUUGUGCUUGGAUAUUUUGCAUACAAUAGAUAAGUUUAUUACUCCUUUGCCGGAAGAUUAUCAGGAGUUCAAGCAGCUUACGUCAGCGAUAUUUCCAAUGAUUGUAGAUACAAAAUACAUGUCGAGUUCCGAGAAAAUAAAAGACUUAAUUCCCUCCACAGUGCUCAAAAACGUACUCGAUACUGUGUCGGCUACGCCAUUUGAAAUGCCAGCACAUGAAAUCGAAGAGGGGGCGGAAAGUUACCAAAUCAACGACUAUAAAGAACACGAGGCUGGUUACGACGCUUUUAUAACCGCUUUGAGUUUUGCGUCGAUGUGGAAAUAUUUGGGUAAACUAGAAAACAAAUCUCCCGCAGAAACAUUCGGAGAUCACAGACUAUUGAACAAAGUAAUAAACAGAAUCUUUUUAAUGAACCUGGCUGAUAAUCAGUACAUAAAUCUACAGGGGAAUGACUUGAAUCCGUCGAGAGACCACGUUUUCCACUUAACCUUCCCGAAAGAGUGGAAAUUCCACAACAUAACCGAACUAUUCAGCCCUUUCGGUUCCGUAUACAUAUCUUGGAUAGACGAAACGUCCGCUUACGUGAGCCUAAACAAAAAGGAACAGUCCGGGGUAGCUCUUAACACUUUAUCGCAAAGUGAUACUUACAGUAUUAUGACUUAUAGAGCUAGGAGAGCAAUGUUGGAAUCAAAAACAAAUGUUGCACCUGUAACGGGUCAGAGACGAAAAAUGAGUGAGAAUAUAAGUGACAUCGCAGAAAAAAGACAGAAGGUUGAAGACAAUACAGAACAUGAUGAUAGCAAAUGGGAGACAGUAACGAAAAAGGGUAAAAGGAAGGGUAAAACAUUCAAAGAGAGUACAUGGGAUCAAUAAAUUCAUAUAAAACACAA